AUGAAGAUCGAAAAUCGUACCACAACCAAAACAUUUUUAGAUAUUUUUUUAGAUUUAAUGGUUCAAAAUACACCACAUUUAAAUGAUAAAGAACAGAUUAUAUCAACCUUGGUAACAUUGAUUCAGCAGAUAUGUGGCCAACAACAGCAGCAACAACAACACCAAUCUACUAAUCAUAAUAUCCAAGAGAUAUGUGAACAAUUGAAAGAUAACAACAACAACAACAGCUUACAAUUCCCAAUACUUUUAAAGACAUUCUGUGAGUUAUCUUCAAUGUUUACCAAUACGAAAUCAAUGUCAUUCUUGGAUAUUGAAACACUUAAAGUUAACAACAACAACAAUAACAACAAUGAACAACAACAAACAUCAACACAACAACAAUUACAAACACCAGAGAUGGUAGAUGGAGUACUCAUUACUUUGACAUCGUUCGAUAUGGUUAUUUCAUUGAUGAGUGGAUUACAACAGGUAAUUAGCUACAUUUUCGAAUCGACCAGCCAAUUCCUACCGGAAGUGAUCACACCAUUUUGGUUCACACUAUCAUUCAUAUUGAAAUCAAACAUUGCCACCACCGAUAUAAAGUUAUUAAAUGAUUUCCAAUGUCCGCUACGACUUUGUGAUGAGUUUCUAGAUUCACUACUAAAGCUGGCACAAUCUACAAUCACAAUAACAAACACAGCAAAAGAUCAGUCGUUAUUAGCUAACAAUCUCUCUAGAGCAAUCAAAUUGGCAUCAUCGAUACUCAGUGACAACCAAUUCUUUCUAUUCGGUGAUAGAAUUGUUCAUUUAACACCGAUUAUCUUAUCAAAUUCAAAUAGUAUAUCAAUUAAAAAAACUAUUUUAGAACUUUAUUAUAGGAUAUUAUUAUUAUCACAACCAUCUCAUCAAUCGAUUGUUAAUUUAAUACCGUUUCUAUCCGAUCAAUCUAUUCAGUCAGUUUUAAUAGAUUGUUUUAGAAAGGUAUUGGAUCAUUUUGCAUCGUCAGAGAAUAAUAUUAAUAAUAAUAAUAGUAAUAAUCAAUUUAAUGGAUUUAUUAUCAACAAAUUAAUACAAACGGUUCAACACUUCAAUCCACAAGAACAACAGCAACAACAAAUCAACCAGUUGAAUCGAUUUAUCUUUACAUUUAGUACUGUCGUUAGAAUAUGUAACGGUUACAACGAGUACCAGAAGGAGUUGUUAGAGUUGUUUAUUCAUCACAUCGGUGAGUUAUACAAGUUUGUCAUCGCUCACAAAGAGAAGGAGAAAGAGAUCGAUGUUUCAAUGUUGCCUGUCAUCAAUGAAGCACUCUCGCUAUGUUUGACAGUGGUGACAAGUGUUGUCCAUCCAAACAUUCAUAUGGCAUCGUCGAUCGGAAGUCAAUAUAAAUUCACACUGGACUCUGGAAAUCUCCAUUGUAUUAAAAGUAAUCAUUUAAAAAAUAGCAAUAGUAAUAGUAUCAAUAAUAGUAAUAAUAAUAAUAAUAAUAACAGUAACAUUAAUAACAAUAGUAAUAAUAAUAGUAAAGAAAUAGUAAUCAAUAAUUCAAUGAUAAUUGAAUUGAAACAAUUUAAAAUUGAUUCACUCAUAUCGAUUUCUCAGAUCUUUACAACAAAUUAUUGGUUACCAAAGUGUAAAUGUCAGGAUUUGGAAACAUCAUCAGUAAAGACCCAGAAUAUGUCAGACUUUACCUUCAAACAGCUUUUUACAACCGAUAAUCAGAUACCUUCAAUCAUCAAAUAUCUAUAUCUAUCGAUUACUUUCAAGACACAACUUGGACAUCUUCAUUACAACGAAGAGAAUAUCAAAUAUUUCUUUGAGCAUUAUUUCAAGAAUCUAAUCACAGACACCAAUGAAAUUAUUAGAAAUUCAUUAAUAGAUAUUAUUGUAUCAAUGAUAAAGUUAUGUCCAUCAAUCUCAUCAAAAGAUUUCAUUCUAUCACAAUUGUUUACCAAUUUGAAACCAAUUUGGAAUAUGGAGAAUGAAGAUGUUUUACUAUCGAUUAUCAGAUUGUUUGGAAAGAUUUCAAAGUUGAUUCAAAUCGAUACUGUCUAUUUCUUGUUGAUAGUGUGUAGUUUGAUCGAUUGUUUCGGCAGAUCUUCACAUCUUUGUAUCUUGUCGAAUGAAAUGUUAGACCAGAUUGCCAGGCUAAAGAACACCAAUCCUCGUGCCAUGAUAAACACUCUUGCUCCUACUCUCUACCCGAUAGUAAUCGAGCACAUCAAAGAAAACGUUGCCAUUCUCAAUGAACUAUCGAGUCGAGUGCUAAAGACCGAUCUCACAACAUUCAUCAACAACGCUCUACCACAUAUUCUACCGACGAUUUUCGCUAAACAAAAUCAACCGGUGCUGAACGAAUUGAAAUCGCGUUGCAAACUCAAAGAUGCAGCCUAUGACCAACUCUCUUUUGUUCUCGAACAUAUCUUUAUGUCGUCGCCUGGCAACGAUCAGCUGGUGGAAACGCUUGUUUUCCUGGCGAACUUCCUCGAAUGGCAAGUGAAAGAUAUCAUUACUUUUGCACCACGAUUGUUUUACUAUCGUCUCAUAUUGAAUUUGGGUGACGCAAGCAAAGCGGAGCAAGCAAAGGUAGCAUUGAAAUGGGCGUUCAGUCUACAGGAGGUGUCGGCGCCAAGUGCCGCCGCCUUUGAAUUGUUCCUCAUGAAAGAUUUCCUCGGAACGAUGAACCACUUCAACUCGAUAAUGACCAACAAGCAGAAACCACUCGCCGAGAAAGAGAAUAUGAUGGGUGCAGUGCGUUCAUUGCUCGAGCUGCUCGGUGGCGCAGUCAAUCGAUUCCGUCCAAAGAUUAUGGCAUUCCUAAAGCUGGCGGUGAACACACCGCUCGAAGCAAUGUCGAUCGAUAUCUGGCUGACCUUUGUAAAGCUAUUGGAUAUCAACUCGGUCGGUCCCAUUCUAAAUCAACUGGUAGUCUCUGUUCUACAUCUUGUUAAUUCCUAUCCGGACCGAGCGAUAUUGAUCCUCGAUUAUCUGAUUGUCGAGAAACAAGCACAACUUCACACCUACUUCCAUACGAUACCUUUGUUGCCGGACUAUCCUGUUCUCCAAAGAAUCAUUGGUGUCCUAGCGAAAUACUCUGGAAAGACCGAUCUCAAAACACAGAUAACACAGCUGAUCCAGUUGUUUGGCAAUGAAUCGUCGGAUGUCAAAAACAUCACACUCGAUCGUCUACAAAAGCUGCUACGUGAACAUCGGCUGGAGAUCAACAAGUUCAUUUGUGACGAUGUCCCAAUCAUAUCGGACCUGACGAAAGCACUGUUGAUAGGAUGUCGUGAUCCUUUCGACAAGGUGCAAGUGGCAUUCAUCGAGUGUCUCGGUGAGCUUGGUGCCAUCGAUCCCGAGCGUUUCAACUUCAAACUCCGUAACGAAGUACACGAUGAAAAGAAUCGUGGAAUGAUUGCCUACGAUCUCAUCGUCGAGUAUUUGGCAAAGUUUGUUUGUUCGCCGAGUAAUCCGACUCCUCAAGACAGAGCUGGCUAUGCAAUCCAGGAGAUUCUCAAGAUAUGCGGUUGCACCGAAGCCAACCAGACCAUCGAAGGAAAAGAUCUCUGGGAUCACUUCACACCGGAGGUCAAAGAGAUACUCUAUCCAUUUCUCACAUCCGAGUAUCUUCUACCACCAUCCCGACAGAUUCCACCGAGAGACACUGCUUUCUUCACACCAAAGACACUCUACAAGAAAUGGUUAAUAAGCUGGGUAUCCGAUUUACUUAACAGAACUGGUGGUCCAAAUGAACCAAUAUUUAAAUCUUGUCGUGGUAUUAUUAAAGAUGAUUUAAAGAUAUGUCAUUACCUCUUACCAUUGUUGAUUAUCAAUAUCUUUGAAUUUGGAAAACCAGAGGAUAUUAAAUUGAUUCAAAUAGAGAUAUUGGAGGUAUUGAAAAAAGAUACUGAUCUGUCGUCAGAGAACGGUCAGAUGUGUACUCAACGAAUUUUCGAAAUCAUCAAUUCUCUCAACAAGUGGAUUGACACUAGAAAGAAAAAGAAUGAAUCUGCCAAAAUGAAAUCAAUGUUCAAUGUCAUCGAUGGAUUCCUCAAUAGUAUACCAGAGACACUAUUGUCGACUGCCUCUCAAAGAUGUGGUGCACUCUCCAUCUCCUUAAUGCAAAUAGAAUCACAUAUUAGAAAGGAAAUUAAUGAACAACCAAAAGAUAUUGUUUUAAAUAACAAUCUACCAUUUUUAUUAAAGAUUUAUCAUGAUUUGAAUGAUAUUGAUGGUCUGGCUGGUUUGGCUGCACUCAGAACAAAGUCGACCGUCGAUGAAAAGAUAAUGGAGUUUGAGAGUAAUGGUAGUUGGAAUGAUGCUUUUGUUUACUAUACAAACGCCGCCAAUAAUGAUCCAGGAAAUUAUAUUUUCAAACUUGGAAAGUUGAAAUCGAUGUUCCAUCUCGGUCAUUACGAUACUGUUUUGACAUUGGCUGAAGGUCUGAAGAAAGAAGCUGGCAACUACAACAACAACAACAAUUUAGAUGGUAUCAACAGCAGCAUUAUCACAGGCGAUGACAACCCUAUCAGUAAAUACAAUUCAUUCGCUGUUCAAGCAGCUUGGCGACUCUCCAAGUGGGAUAUGGUGGAAUCGAUUCUCCAACAGCCGUAUGACUCCAACUUUGAGGUGUCAAUCGGACAGAUCCUAAUGGCGCUCUAUCAUCGUAAUGAACACGAUUUCAACAUGCAUUUGUAUCAGGCACGUCUCGAUCUCACUCAAUACAUCUCGGCGGCCAGUCUUGAUUCGCUCGAUCGUUGCUACCCGUAUCUCACACAGCUACACAUUCUCAGAGACAUUGAAACCAGUUGGAAACUACACGACAAGAACGAAGAAUCCAAUAUCAUCAAUGAGCUGAACGAUCGCUUCAAACUGGUGCAGCCACUCACCAAGAUCAGAGAGCCAAUUCUCACAGUGCAGCGUGUCAUCUACGAGAUAUUCGAUCAGCGCCACGAAACAAGCAAGAAUUGGUUGCAAAUUGCCAAGUACUCUCGUCACGAACGCAAAUUUGAGAAUGCUCUCAACGCACUGCUCGCACCAAAGAUCAUCGAGGACAAACCGUAUAUCAUUGAAAAGGCAAAACUCUGCUUUGCCAAAGGUCAAACCAACGAAGCAAUCAAUAUCUUGGCACAGGAAGUAGGUUCCGCUGCUUCAACGCAACAACACAGCUCAUCGAAAGAUCAACAACAACAACAGAAAAACAGUAGUGAUUCUCACUCUGUUAAGAUGCAUCUUCUCUUGGCCAAAUGGAAACAACAAUGUGGAUCUUCACAUUCUGAACUAUUAAUACAUUUUAAACAAGCUUCAUUAUAUAAAUGGGAAAAAGGUUUAUUUUAUCUUGGUAAAUUUUAUGACUCUGUUUUAUCUAGUAUGAAAAAGAAUGGUACCAAUUUCUAUCAGUUCAACUCUAAAUCCAUGAUAGAACCAUAUACACUCACUAAAUAUGUGAAAAAGAUAUUGUCUUCAUAUGGACAAUCUCUGGUGUAUGGCCACAACUAUGUUUAUCAUUCAUUGACCAGAUUCCUAACUGUUUGGACUGAUUUCGGUACUACACUUCUCGAUAACAGUGACUUGAUGAAAGAUUUCAAAGCCAAAUAUUUGAAAUCAAAACAAAGUCCAAUGAAAAGUAUAGAUAUGAAGAUAAAACAAAUGAAAAAGAUAAUUUCAGAGAUUGAAGGUAAAAUUCCACCUUAUCUUUGGUUAACUUUCUUCCCCCAACUCAUUUCGAGAAUCAACCAUAAGAAUCCUGACACUUGGGAUAUUCUAGAGUCUAUCAUUGUAAAGGUGUUGGUAGCAUAUCCAUUGCAAGCCAACUGGAUUAUUGUGUCGCUGCUAAAGUCCAAGGAUGCAUCUAGAGUGGAGCGUGCAAAGAAAUGUUUUGAAAAGGCAUGUAAAGAUAGCGCAUCGAUUAGACGUCACGAUGAGAUAUCAAGACUCUCUGAAUGUUUGAUUGCUCUCGGUGAAUCGGAAGCCACUGGAAAGAAAGAUGUCCUUAGAAUGUCUGUUCAAUUCAAGGAGUUGGCAUCGAUGAAGAACCUAAAUGUCAUGGUGCCAAUUCAAUCCAACUUCAAUCCGACUCUCCCACCAUCCGGUGUGCCAGAAGAGAACUUUAUGAUCUUUGAUCCACAUAUCCCGACGAUUCAAUCAUUCGAGGAUCAGAUCGUUGUUAUGCCAUCAAUGCAAAAGCCAAAGAAAAUCACAAUCGUUGGUUCCACCGGUCAGCAUCACUUGUUUUUGGUGAAACCUAAAGACGAUCUGCGUAAAGACAGUAGAAUUAUGGAGUUCAGCACAAUGGUUAACAAGCUACUCAGAAAGGAUCCAGAUUGCAGACGUAGAAGACUUCUUAUUCGUACGUACUCUGUUGUUCCCCUCAAUGAGGAGUGUGGUCUGAUCGAAUGGGUACCGAAUGUAGUUGGUCUGCGUAACAUCAUUAUGGAUCUCUACAAGCCAUACUCAAACUUCCCCAAUUCCAACAGAAUACGCGAACUCUAUGGUCCAAACAACAAGAGCAUGCCAAGACUCGAUAUUCUUUCUAAACACAUACUACCAUAUGCACCACCGGUAUUCUACAAGUGGUUCCUCAAUAACUUCCCUGAACCCUCCAUGUGGCUGGAAGCCAGAACCAACUAUAUCCGUACCACAGCAGUAUACUCAAUGGUCGGAGCGGUCAUUGGUUUGGGUGACAGACACGGUGAGAAUAUCCUCUACGACAGUACCAAUGGUGAGUGUCUACACGUCGAUAUCAAUUGUGUCUUUUGGAAAGGAAAGACUUUCCAAGUUCCUGAACGUGUUCCAUUCCGUCUGACCGUGAAUAUGAUCGAUGCCUUUGGUGUCAGCGGAGUUGAGGGUGCAUUCAGAAUCGCUUGUGAACACACUCUCAGACUACUUCGAACCAACCGAGAGGCAUUGCUAAGUUUGCUUGAGACAUUCAUUUAUGAUCCACUACUCGAGUGGAGAACCAAAUCCAGCAAUGAAAAUGACAAAGCGGUCGAGAUCAUCAACAAUAUCAACCGAGAACUUCAAGGUCUUCCUUCAGACAUUGGUUUGCCACUUUCAAUCGAAGGACAAGUUACAAGUUUAAUUCAAGAAGCAAGCGAUAUAAAGAAUCUUGCUGAAAUAGUUGAAAGAAAUAUUGAAUCAGAUUUUUGUAUUUUCUCUAAAUCAUUAAAUACUGAAAUUGAUUUUAAUCUAAAACUGUUUCAACUAUCUAUCAAAUCUUUAGAUAUCUCACAAUUAAUAGAAUUAUUUUUUAUCAGUAUGAUUUGUAUGGUUGAAAAAUCCAAGGAUUGA